CUCUGUGACUGGUUGGUCGUCAAAGAUAGUAGUAAAGUUGCUGAUUUUCUCCUCCAAGUAUUUUGCAGUUCUGUUCCACACUCUUCAAAUUUCACCAAUUAAUGAACAGGAACGGAAUGGGAGCCUUAAACGGCCGUAAAGUCGACCUCAAGCUCUCUCUCCCUCCCUCUCCUCAUGGAGUUUCCAUCGCUGAGUUCCUAACCGAAAGCGGUACGUUUGUCGAUGGUGAUCUGCGCGUGAAUCGCGAUGGAAUUCGAAUUGUCUCGCAAAACGAAACUCAAGCUGCACCCCCCAUAAAGCCAUCAGACCACCAGUUGGCUUUGGCUGACUUAGAAACCGUUAAGGUCAUUGGCAACGGAAGUAGUGGAAUUGUGCAACUGGUGCGUCAUAAGUGGACUGAACAGUUUUUUGCAUUAAAGGUUAUACAGCUGAAGAUUGAGGAGAAGGCAAGGAAAGCAAUUGCCAGAGAAUUAAGAAUUAAUCUAACCUCUCAAUGUCCAUAUGUGGUCAAGUUUUACGAGUCAUUCUUUAACAAUGGUGACAUUUCAAUUGUCUUAGAGUAUAUGGAUGGUGGAUCUUUGGUAGAGCUUCUGAAAAAAAGUAAAAAAAUUACAGAACCAUAUCUUGCUGCCAUCUGUAAGCAGGUGCUCCAGGGUUUAUUGUAUCUUCAUCAUGAAAAACAUAUUAUUCAUAGGGACUUAAAACCUUCUAAUAUAUUGAUAAAUCAUAAAGGAGAAGUCAAGAUUGCUGACUUUGGUGUGAGUGCAAUAAUGGCAAGCACCUCUGGACAGGCAAAUACUUAUGUUGGUACAUACCACUAUAUGUCUCCUGAGAGAAUCAGCAGUGAAAUUAGUGAAGGAUCACAUAACUACAAAAGUGACAUUUGGAGCAUGGGUAUAGUAUUGCUGGAGUGUGCAACUGGUCAAUUCCCAUAUUCCCCUCCAAAACAGGAUGAAGUCUGGGCUAACGUCUUUGAACUUAUGGAAGCUAUUGUUGAGCAACCUGAACCUUGCGCACCUUCUGAUCAAUUUUCCCCAGAGUUUUGCUCAUUCAUAUCUUCAUGUUUGCAGAAGGACCCAAAAAAUAGACUGUCAACACGUGAACUUUUGACUCAUCCAUUCAUGAACAAGUAUGACAACCUGCGAGUAGAUUUCUCAUCUUACUUCACAAAGACAGGCUCUCCAUAAAACUUCUGGUAAGUAAGCGUGAACAGCUCUUCUUCAAGAACUGGUUAAAGAAUGUUUGCCACUAAAAAAGGUUAAUCCAAUUGCAACUCUUUUCCACUAGCAUUCUGCCAUAACAACAGCUGAAGCUUCUUGUCGUGGACAUGCGUGUAUUAUAGGAAUUAUUUUUCUGGCUGUUUAACCUACAAACACUGUACUAAAAUAUUGUCAGCCACUGAAAUUUCUUGCUUACUAAAGACCAAGACCAUGAAAAAAUCUAUCAAUCAGGCCUUGAAUCUUUUUAUUAAAAUGGCUAAUUAAGUUUCUAUUUAUAAAUGUUGAAUAUUAGUGCAUCCGCAUUGAUAAAGAUGUAUCUUGUGUUGCUGC